UCCUUCCGUCCCUCUCAUUUCUCCGAACGUCCUGGUCUACUCUCAUUCCUCAUUCCUCUUUCCUUACUCCUCUCCACAUCCAUCCAUUACAAUGUCCGACGCUAAGCCUCGUGUCUGUUUGGCCUACUCAGGCGGUCUCGAUACCAGCUGCAUUCUGCGCUGGCUGAUCGAAGAGGGCUACGAUGUCGUCUGCUUCCUCGGCAACGUCGGCCAGGAGGAGGACUGGGCCGCCGUUGAAGAGAAGGCUCUAAAGAUUGGCGCUAAGAAGAUGAUUAUUGAGGACCUCCGUCGGGAAUUUGUCACCGAGCUCUGCUUCCCCGCCAUCCAGUGCAAUGCCAUCUAUGAGGGCCGUUACCUCCUCGGUACCAGCUUGGCCCGCCCCGUCAUCGCUCGCGCUCAGAUGCGCGCUGCUCAGCGCGAAGGCUGUCAGUUCGUCUCACACGGUGCCACUGGCAAGGGUAAUGACCAGGUCCGUUUCGAAUUGGCUUUCUACGCCAUUCAGCCCUCCAUUAAAAUUAUCGCCCCGUGGCGUGAUCCCAAGUUCUUCAAGCGUUUCGCCGGCCGUAACGACCUGCUGGACUACGCUGCUCAGACCGGCAUCCCGGUCACCUCUACCAAGGCCAAGCCUUGGUCAAUGGAUGCCAACUCUGCCCACUGCAGUUACGAGGCUGGUGUCCUCGAGGAUCCUGACCACACUCCUCCCUCCGACAUGUGGACCAUGACCAACGACCCCUUGAACGCCCCUAACGAGCCCACCGAUAUCAGCAUUGAGUUUGAGAAAGGUAUCCCCGUCAAGGUCACUACCCCUGAGAAGCAGUAUACCGACCCGGUCGAGCUGUUUAACGCCCUUAACAAGCUCGGAUACACCCACGCCAUCGGCCGUAUUGAUAUCGUUGAGAACCGAUUUAUCGGUCUGAAGAGCCGCGGCUGCUACGACUCCCCCGCCAUGACCAUCCUGCGCGAUGCCCACCUUGACCUGGAGGGUCUCGUCCUGGACGGCCAGGUCCGCGCCCUCCGUGACCAGUUCGUCACCCACAACUGGUCCAUCCAGCUCUACAACGGCUACUACUUCAGUGCCGAGCGUGAAUUCAUCGAGAACAGUCUCGUCUACAGCCAGAAGCGCGUCAACGGCCAAGUCCGCGUGCGCCUGUACAAGGGCAACGCCUACGUCCUCGGCCGUUCCAGCCACACCGAGAAGCUCUACUCCGCCGAGGAAGCCUCCAUGGACUCGCUGGAGGACUUUGAGCCCACCGACACGACCGGCUUCGUUGCCAUCCAGUCGAUCCGUCUCAAGAAAUACGGCCUCCAGAAGGCCGAGGAGGGCGAGUCUCUCAGCCGUGCUUAAGCGGAAAAAGGAAAGGAAAGGAAUGGAUUGGAUAGGUUUUGUUAGAUAAAAUUAAUUUUUGAGCACAGAGUAAUGUGGUUUUGUGUCAUGUAGGUAUGGCUAUGAUAUGAUGUGGUACAAAAAUUUAGAGGUUUCGGUUAUGAAUAUCUUGAGAACACGGAGUAUUGCGGAGUAUGGAUUGUUGAGCGAGCGAAGAUCGCUACAAGAAUCGGCAGACGAUGUGGUGU